AUGGAUGUUUCUUCCACUUCCGAUGAUGAAAUAACCCUCUUGUGCACUUGGGCCCUGACUGUCACUCAUGUGGCAUGUGAAUAUACCGAACAGAAAUUCAAUGCAGAGAAGACAGGAGGAGACCAAGUUAUACCUUCUCCGAACCUAGACACUGAUCUGGUGAUGGCUUGUGAUCGAUUGGUUGAUCAGCUCAUAAAGGCAUAUAAAAAUCCCAAGGCGAGAUUGCUCGAGAGGUGUCCUCCUGGCCAUGAGGGCACAAAGUUGAUCGACAUACCCGCAACAAUUCUUGAUGCAUCCAGUGCCAUCAUCGCAUGGUACCUCCCGGACACCCUGACCGAUGCCACCCAGAAGGAAAUUUGGGCAGCCUUGGAUUUGCUCGCUCCGAUACUCGAAAAAAGCGUAAAGCUUGAUGGGAAUUGGCGUACUAAUCAAAAGUGGUUCACACCAAGGUCGCAAAAUGAUGUCCUAACUCCCGGAUGCAUUAAUUUAUCUCUGGCGUGGUUUCAGCAGGGGCACAAGAAUCAGGUAGACCCAGCGGUUUCUGCAUCAUUGAAUGGAGCAUCCUUGGAGGAUAUCCUGAAGGCCAUUGCGAGGCCAGCAGCCAUUGCAACAGCGGCACUCAGGGUUAUGCAUCCUGAGCAGUACUGGGCAGGGUUGCGAGCCUUUGCGAGCCUAGAAGAAAAAGCACAAAGCAAGGAACUGCUGAAGAUGUCAGAGACUCUCCAGUACUGGGCAACUGUGUUUAACAGCCUCUCUGUCAUUUGCAAUCAGGAAACCCCGAAUCAUCGAGACCAUUCAUCGAUUCCCGAAUGCUUUGAUAUUCUCACUAGGGUGGGGAAUUAUUCUAAUGCUCGGAUGAGUAUGCCAAGCCUUCAGCUGGAGUUCAGGAAGGAUUGUCAGACACGGGGUUCAUGCAGUGGAAGGGGAUCGGAUUGCCUGGGCAUGGAUUCUGUUGUGUGGAUGGGCAAGGUUGGAUUGGAAGAAGUAGAAAAGAUAUCAGGCACUCCAUACUUGUAA